AUGCGGAAAGCAUACAGAUCAUGUCGAAGAUACUUCUGGGAAGGGCAACUAUUAAACGAGACUGUAGCUAAGGAUGUCCCUGAAGACGCGGACUUCUUAGAUAAAAUUCUGAUCAAACACCGGAAAUAUGUGGCUUUUCUAUUCCCAUGGGCUAUUAUGCAGGUGGGAGUGAUACAGUAACC